AUGCUGGCGGCGAGGAGAGCAGCAUCUGCUGCAUCUAAUGUACGCCCAAAAUCCAACCUUCUCGCGCUCCCAACGCCCCUGCGACAAGGAGUCUACCUCCAGCAAAGAGGUCUCGCGACACCGUCCGAAUCUCCAGUCGCAAGCGAUGUCUCCGCCCGAACGCCUCCAUAUCCGAAACUCUUGAAGAGGCUACGCGAAGUACGAAGGCUGUUACCCACUACCAAGCUCACAUUGGCCGAGAAGAUUCUGUUUUCACACUUGGACAACCCGGAAGAAUCACUGUUAGAGGGCACCAACAAUGGCACCGAUAUUCGGGGCAAUGCUACGCUCAAGCUCAAGCCUGACCGCGUCGCUAUGCAAGAUGCGAGUGCUCAGAUGGCUCUGUUACAAUUCAUGAGCUGUGGUAUGCCUACGACUGCGGUGCCAGCCAGCAUACACUGCGACCAUAUGAUUGUUGGAGAGAAGGGCGCGGACACGGAUCUACCGAAUAGCAUCAAGGGGAAUAAAGAGGUAUAUGACUUCUUGGAGAGUGCAGGCAAGAAAUAUGGAAUUGAGUUCUGGCCUCCUGGGGCUGGCAUCAUUCACCAGACCGUCUUGGAGAACUAUGCUGCGCCUGGGUUGAUGAUGCUGGGAACAGACAGUCAUACACCCAACGCCGGCGGCUUGGGCGCCAUUGCGAUUGGUGUGGGUGGUGCUGAUGCGGUUGACGCUCUCGUCGAUGCGCCGUGGGAGUUGAAGGCACCUAAGAUCCGAGGAGUGAGGCUCGAGGGCAAGCUCAGCGGAUGGGCAUCUCCGAAGGACAUUAUCCUGGCGCUUGCUGGCAAGCUGACAGUACGUGGAGGUACAGGCUUUAUCACUGAGUACUUUGGCCCGGGAGUGGCAUCUCUCAGCUGCACGGGAAUGGCCACUUGCUGUAAUAUGGGAGCAGAAGUCGGAGCCACUACCUCCAUCUUCCCUUACACACCUAACUCGCAUGGCCCAUACCUUCAAUCCACACACAGAGGAUCAAUUGCUGAACAAGCAUCUGCCAUUGCAUCCACACCCGGCCCACACAAUUUAUUGACUGCUGACCCAGAGUGCGAAUACGAUGAUAUUGUGACAAUCAACCUCUCUGACCUAGAGCCUCAUAUCAAUGGACCAUUCACUCCUGAUCUCUCAACACCUCUUUCGGCAUUCAAGACUGCGGUCGAAAAGAACCAGUGGCCAGAGACUUUUGGCGCUGGACUCAUCGGCAGCUGUACCAACAGCUCGUACGAAGACAUGACUCGCGCUGAGUCUCUCGUCCAACAAGCCGCUGAUGCGGGUCUGAAGCCAAAGGCAGACUUCUUCAUUUCUCCUGGUAGCGAACAAAUUCGUGCGACCGUGGAAAGGGACGGUACACUGGAAACAUUCACGGACGCGGGCGGUCUUGUUCUGGCUAACGCUUGCGGGCCUUGCAUCGGGCAAUGGUCCCGAACGGAUGGUGUGAAGAAAGGCGAAGCAAAUGCCAUUUUCUCAUCAUACAACCGAAACUUCCCAGGCCGAAACGACGGUAACAGCAAGACCAUGAACUUCCUCGCCUCGCCUGAGCUCGUGACUGCCAUGUCCUACUCCGGCCGGACUGACUUCAACCCAAUGACGGACAGCAUCACGACCUCUGAUGGAAAGAAAUUCCGCUUCCAGCCGCCUUCGGGCAUUGAUCUCCCAAGCAAAGGCUUCGAAUCUGGCAAUCCGCUCUUCCAGCCUACUGCGCCCAUCCCAAACCCAGAUGUCUCCGUCGCCGUAGACCCAAACUCGGACCGCCUCGCCCUCCUCGAACCCUUCGAGCCCUUCCCACAAGGCGAGCUCUCCGGUCUCAGAGUCCUCGUCAAGGUCAAAGGCCAAUGCACAACAGACACCAUCUCCGCCGCGGGCCCCUGGCUCAAGUACAAAGGCCAUCUCCCCAACAUUUCCGAAAACACGCUCAUCGGCGCCAUCUCCGCCGACACGGGCAACGUCAACCACGUCCUCGACGUCGACGGAACAGAACACACCAUCCCGGACCUCGCCUCGAAAUGGAAAUCCCAAGACCAACCCUGGCUCGUCGUCGCAGAACACAACUACGGCGAGGGUUCCGCGCGCGAACACGCCGCCCUCCAACCGCGCUAUCUGGGCGGCAAAAUCAUUUUGGCGAAAUCUUUCGCGCGCAUCCACGAGACGAAUCUGAAAAAGCAGGGCGUCGUGCCGCUUACGUUUGUCGACGAGGCGGAUUACGAUUUGCUGAAUGGGUGUGAUGAGGUGAGUACGGAAGGGCUGUACGAUGCGCUACAAGGGGGCGAGGGCCAGAUCACGUUGAUUGUCCAGAAGAAGGGGAGUGGCGAGACGCAUCGCGUGCCGGUGAAGCAUACGAUCAGCAAGGAUCAGAGGAAUUUCAUCCUGGCGGGGAGUGCGUUGAAUUUGUUGGCGCAGAAGGGAAAGAGAUCGUGA